CACUUGUACGCCUCAUAUGGAUUAGAAGAUCUGCAAGAUGGAGGACACAAAAGAUGAAAUGAUUCUAGGAGACCAUGACAUGAAGUACAAGAUGACUCAUAAAAAAAGAGGUUAUGCCAUCGUCAUCAACAAUCAAGUCUUUCAACCACAAACUGACAAGGAGGAGAGACGAGGUACAAAGCAGGAUGCAGAAGGGAUUAAGAACAGAUUUGAGGCACUGGGUUUUGUUGUAGAGCCUUAUGAGAACUUAACAUGUUCGCAGAUGUUAAGAACCAUGGGUGAAGUUGGUCGCCGUAAUCACUCCAAAAAUGAUUGUCUGGCUUUGGUAGUUAUGUCACAUGGGGACGAGGGAAUUGUUUAUGGCACUGAUGGUAUAGUGGAGUUGGAUAUAUUACUAGCCCCUCUGAAGGGAGACAAGUGUCCAACAUUAGCAGGGAAACCAAAGCUCAUUUUCAUUCAGGCUUGUCGAGGCACUAAACUAGAUGGAGGUGUAGAGGUUGCUGAUGAAGCGGGUCUGGAUGAGCUAGACGGUAGAAACCAUGUGCACAAAAUUCCUGCCGAGGCAGACUUCCUCAUUGCUUACUCUGUGGUGCCAGGAUUUUUUUCUUGGCGUAACCCGACGAAUGGAUCUUGGUUCAUGCAGGCACUCAUUCAGGUCCUGGGAGACUACGGUCAACAGUUGGACAUCCUAAGCUUGAUGACCAUUGUUAACAGGAAGGUGGCGUACGAGUUUGAGUCAAAUGCAGCCUCCAAGGCAAUGAGCAAAAAGAAACAGGUUCCAUGCAUAACUUCCAUGUUAACCAAGCUGGUAUAUUUUUGGCCAAAACAGUAGGAGAGCCCAGGCCCUUGGUAAAUACCCUGGAUGGUUUAUUUCAAUAAAACUAGGACAGUGAAUUUUCAAUUCAUUGACAAGUGGACAAAUAUUUAUGUCUGUUUGGACAGUUGAAAAAUUAGGACUUCAGCAUCAAUAUCAUUAUUAUUUUUUAUUAUUAGUAUUAUACUUUGGCAAACCUUGGCAAAAAUUACAACUGGCGAAAAUACCUUUUGCACCAGUUUUACACAUCUCAAAAUGACCUCUAGAUUUUAUCCUAUGUGUAACAUAUCAAACAAGCAAUCCC